AUGGCAACAUCAUCAAAUCUUUUUACAUUAAACACAGAAUCUAUAAAAAAAUUUAAACAGACAAACAAACCUGUUCUGGUUCAAAUACAAAUAUUUCUACCAUAUAAUUUAUCAGCAAUUUUAAUUUUUGAAAUGUGUCUUUUACCAUCAGAACAUACAAUUCAAUUUACACUGAUGAAAAAAUUUUUUGAAAUUUUAUUCAAUGAUAAAAACACAAUAUAUAUAUGGGGUGAAAUUAAAGAAUUAAUUUUAUUUACAAAUUAUAAACUAUUUUCUGAAGCACAAUGUCAUUUAGCAAAUGUUCAAAAUUUACAAAAUAUAUUUAAAACUGAAUGGCAAAAAUUGCAUCCACAUAUAUUAUCAAAUGCAUCAUCUAAUGAUUUAUCAAAUGAUUUACCACAUGAAUUUACAAAUAAAUGUUUAUGUGAAACAUGUAUUAAUAUAUCAUCGCACCCCUGGGGUCUUCAAGAUGCAGUUGCAUUUCAAUUACAGGAGUGGCUGGACAAAAGACAUUCAACAUCAUCAUUUGAUAUUGGAUUAGAUACAAAUGUUUUUCACAUGAAUGAACUUGAACAACAAUAUCGUAAUCAAUUAACAACAUACGCUGCUAAUGACUAUCUUUCAAUGCAACGAAUAUUAAUUAGUCUUAAUUUGAUUCAAUUCAAUUCUCGUCAUUCAUCAACACAUUCUUAUCCAACAUCUACAACAACAAAUGCACAUCAAACUCAUAUUGAAUUUGAACCAUCAUCUGAUGAAGAUGAUCUAUUUACAAUACAAACAACAGUCAAUAAAUCAAAUGCAUUUAUUCUUAAUCAUGAAUUAUUAUCCGAAGAUAUUCAAGUAAAUACACAACGAUCAGUUCAAAUAACAUCAACCACACAAAUCUUAAAUCAAGAAACAAACAAUGAUCGAACAAAUCAACUAGAAUUAAAUUUAAAUAUUUCUACAGAUAAUCACCAAGAAAAAAUUAAUGAAUUAAGUCGUGAAGAACGUAAAAGAAUUCAUAAUCGUAGUUAUACAUUAAAACAACGCAAAAAACUUUAUCAACAUGAAAUUAUUAUACAUUAUAUAGAUCAUCGUUUCACCAUCACAAAUAUAAAAAUGAUUCUUCGACAAAAUUCAGUUGCAUUUUCUGCUGUUAAUACAUCAAUAUCAUCCCGAACAAAUCGUCGAACUCUAUACAUUGGUACAAAACACAAACAUUUAUUAUCAGAAUAUAAACAACAAAUUAAAUACUUAUUUACAACUGAACAUUAUAAACAAUUUAAACGAUUUAAUAGGUCAUCUUGUAAAGAUGAUCGACGUUCACACCACCAUCGUGACACACAUCGAACGAACUGA